GGGCCUGAGGGCGGGGCGGGGAGCAGGCUGGGGUCUGUGGGGAGGGGACGCUUCCUGCGGGCGCGCGGAGCGGAGACGGUGACAGCCACGCGCGCACGUGCGCGCCUGGCCGCAGCGCGGCCCCGAGACCUUCACCGGCCGCUGAGAGGCGCGCGGGGGCUAGGCUGCUGCCGUUUAGGGGCCCCGUCCCGGGGCGUCCCCAGCGUCCCGGGCCCGAGUUCCUGAGCGCCGGGCUGAGCCCACCCCGUCGGUCCUGGCUCGUGUUUCGUCUCCGUGGCCGUAAGGGCCCGCCCCCAACUCCCCUUUACGCUCCCGGGGCAGGGUCCUCACGGCCCAUGCUGGCCGCUGGGGGCCCGUGCCGACCAGACAGCUCCCAGGCCGGCCAGUUGGCUACCAUGGUGGCCCUGAGGCCUGUGCGACUCCUCCAGGGGGGCUAACAGGUCCAGAGCGCAGGCCUCGGGGCGCGAGGGUCCCGGGUCUGAGCCCCGCGCCAUGGCCGGGGCCAUCGCCUCCCGUAUGAGCUUCAGCUCUCUCAAGAGGAAGCAGCCCAAGACGUUCACCGUGCGGAUCGUCACCAUGGACGCCGAGAUGGAGUUCAAUUGCGAGAUGAAGUGGAAAGGGAAGGACCUCUUCGACUUGGUAUGCCGGACCCUGGGGCUUCGGGAAACUUGGUUUUUUGGACUGCAGUACACGAUCAAGGACACCGUGGCCUGGCUCAAAAUGGACAAGAAGGUACUGGAUCAUGAUGUUUCAAAGGAAGAGCCGGUCACUUUUCACUUCCUGGCCAAAUUUUAUCCUGAGAAUGCAGAGGAGGAGCUGGUUCAGGAGAUCACGCAGCAUCUCUUCUUCUUGCAGGUAAAGAAGCAGAUUCUAGAUGAAAAGAUCUACUGCCCUCCUGAGGCUUCUGUGCUCCUGGCUUCUUACGCCGUCCAGGCCAAGUACGGUGACUACGACCCCUCUGUUCACAAGCGUGGAUUUUUGGCCCAAGAGGAAUUGCUUCCAAAAAGGGUAAUAAAUCUGUAUCAAAUGACUCCAGAAAUGUGGGAGGAGAGAAUUACAGCCUGGUAUGCAGAGCACCGAGGACGAGCCAGGGACGAAGCUGAAAUGGAAUAUUUGAAGAUAGCUCAAGACCUGGAGAUGUACGGUGUGAACUACUUUGCAAUCCGGAAUAAAAAGGGCACCGAGUUGCUGCUUGGAGUGGAUGCUCUGGGGCUUCACAUCUAUGACCCUGAGAACAGGCUGACCCCCAAGAUCUCCUUCCCGUGGAAUGAAAUCCGAAACAUCUCGUACAGCGACAAGGAGUUUACUAUUAAGCCAUUGGAUAAGAAAAUCGAUGUCUUCAAAUUUAACUCGUCAAAGCUUCGUGUUAAUAAGCUGAUUCUCCAGCUCUGUAUCGGGAACCAUGACCUUUUUAUGAGGAGAAGGAAGGCCGAUUCUUUGGAAGUUCAGCAGAUGAAAGCCCAGGCCAGGGAGGAGAAGGCUAGAAAGCAGAUGGAGCGGCAGCGACUUGCUCGAGAGAAGCAGAUGAGGGAGGAGGCAGAGCGCACGAGGGACGAGCUGGAGAGGAGGCUGCUGCAGAUGAAAGAAGAGGCGACAAUGGCCAACGAAGCUCUGAUGCGGUCUGAGGAGACGGCUGACCUGUUGGCAGAAAAGGCCCAAAUCACAGAGGAGGAGGCCAAACUCCUGGCACAGAAGGCUGCAGAGGCUGAACAGGAAAUGCAGCGCAUCAAGGCUACAGCCAUUCGGACAGAGGAGGAGAAGCGCCUGAUGGAGCAGAAGGUGCUGGAGGCCGAGGUGCUGGCACUGAAGAUGGCCGAGGAGUCAGAGAGGAGGGCUAAGGAGGCUGAUCAGCUGAAGCAGGACCUGCAGGAAGCCCGUGAGGCAGAGCGAAGAGCCAAGCAGAAGCUCCUGGAAAUCACCACCAAGCCCACAUACCCGCCCAUGAACCCAAUUCCAGCACCACUGCCUCCUGAUAUACCAAGCUUCAACCUCAUUGGUGACAGCCUGUCUUUCGACUUCAAGGAUACUGACAUGAAGCGGCUUUCCAUGGAGAUAGAGAAAGAAAAAGUGGAGUACAUGGAGAAGAGCAAGCAUUUGCAGGAGCAGCUAAAUGAACUCAAGACUGAGAUCGAGGCCCUGAAACUCAAAGAGAGGGAGACAGCCUUGGAUAUUCUGCACAACGAGAACUCCGACCGGGGUGGCACCAGCAGCAAGCACAAUACCAUCAAAAAGGUAUGGACCUCAAGCCCAAGGCAGAAGACCUAUCUGCAUUUGAGCCCUCAAAGUAGGUUAUUCCCAGGUACUCUGUAUGUGGUGAUGGUACUACCCUCUGUGAUACUAACCCAUGCAUGAGCUUGCCUGUCUCUGUCCCUGGGCCAUGCCGAGCCCUCCCAAGGGCAGGUGGUACCUGGGUACUGGCCGCAGCAUGCUUUGAGAGCCUGAGAGCAGGCGUCCACCCUGUGGGGCCAGACCAGCCUCCAGGGGUCCAGAAGGCUGCCUCGUUAUGAAGAGCAUGUCAUGGGGCUGUAGGACCGGCUGUCCUUCACAUCUUGUGUUAUCGUUGGGCUGGGGAUGGUCGUGGCUUCUUGUCCAGUGAGGUCUGUCUAAAAGUCCUUUGUCUCAGUGGUGUAGUCCUUAGACAAAUAGCCCGAGCAUGGAAACGGGAUAAAUUGGGACAUCUUUAACUCCAGAUCAAGACUUUCAUGUGGUGACAGUUUCCAAAGACCCAUGGUCAUAGCGGGCCACUUCUGGUGGUGGAAUGAAGGGGCUGCCCGCACUCCCUCGUUUCCCGUUAGAGCCUCCCCUUUCUGUACACAUCCUCUUUCUUUCCAAGUCAAGCAAACCACCAGCACAGCAGUCUGAUCUGUAGUCUGUCUAAGUGGACCGUCUGUCCGUCGGCACCAUAAAGGCCAUCUCUGCUUCAGCUCCGCCAUAGCCUGGGGUAGAGCUGUGGCCAGCACGAACUCACAUUGGGACAGCCACCGGCACCCAGCACAUGAGCAGAGUCAGUGGUUGUUGAGUGAAUUAGUGGAAUGAUUGUUGCUUUCCUUCUGCAGUGCUUCAUCAUCCUCCCAACAUGCCUCAGCAGUAGGGGAGCAUUUUAGUGCCCAGAAUAACAUAACACCCUCCCUGUGCUCCUGAUCCCCAGCGGUAUGAAAGCCAGUGAGUCCACUGACACCCGACGGUCACGUAGGACAUGUCCUUUGGUGUCCUCAGCACAGUUUCUGCUAUUAGAAUAAAAUAAGCUCAUUGGAAGCUUUCUUUUUUUUCUUUUUCUUUUUCUUUUUUUAAGGAUUUUAUUUAUUUAUUUGAUAGAGUUUACAAGUAGGCAGAGAGGCAGGCAGAGAGAGAGGAAAGGAAGCAGGCUCCCUGCUGAGCAGAGAUCCCGACGUGGGGCUCAGUCCCAGAACCCUGGGAUCAUGACCUGACCCGAAGGCAGAGGCCUUAACCCACUGAGCCACCCAGGCGCCCCACAUUGGAAGCUUUGUACCAAAAAGCGAGAUCUGGCAUAAGAUAGAUCUUAUUUGCGGUUAUUAUCCAAGCAAGAGAGGUUCGCUAUUAAAGUCCCAGAUGGAUCGCAUUACAAGAUGGAUUCUAUCUGUCAGUGGCUCCAAGAUCCCAUAGCAUGAACCCGAUUUGUGUGUGAUGCUUUGAGUUAGCAGACUCCUGUUUCUUCAGCUUUCAUACCACACAUUGACAUCAAAGGCCCAGCACCAAGACGUGCAUGUUCUGAGCAGGGCGAUAUGACCGAACCCCAGAAUUAGGCAGGACAGGGGGAUCAUCUGUUCUCAUGACCCCGUGGUGCCCAGAAGACCAUGGGGUGGAUCCACUGUGGUUUCCUGGACUUUGUGGCUGGCACCGGGCCCAGCAGAAAGUCCCUUCCUGUCUCAGCCGGUGCUGUCAGCUAUGCCUGCAUAUGACCCUACCAUUCCACCUUGAGACGAUUUCAUCUUUCUUCUUUCUGUAAUGAUUCAGAACGGUUAGAUUCUUCAGGGGCCUGAUUUUGACCAUCAGUUCUCACUGAGCUCUUAUUAUAGACAAAUGAGGUUUGAUUUGUAGUCAAAUUUGUACUGCUCCUAGGACAUUCACAGAAGCCUUUUUUUAAAAAACAUCUUGAUGUGAACUUGUUUUCAAAGCAGGCUGCCAUGUUCCAGUUAAUCAAGGAUUCUGAUUACUCGAGGGUUAAUAAAAGCAUGUACUUGGCUUUUAAUACAGCUGGACUUAUCUCAGGAUCACUAGAUGAAAUAAUGGAGUUUUUGCUACACCUGAAGUUUGAUACCCUUUCCAUUGCCUGGACUUCGGUAGUCCCUGGAGCCAGUGACCACACUUGCCGAGCAGCCACCUGCCUGUUCAGAGGGAGCUCUGGGGUCGUGCCUGCUCCCAUCUGGGCCAAAGUGAGCCUAACUGAAGAAAAAACACCACUGUGGGCUUUGGAAGUGAGACCGCUGAGAAUGUAAAGGGCAAAGCUCCAUCUGCAAAGUCCAGGAUAUGGAAGGCUGGUGGUGAACUAGAGAGUUUCACUCCUGAGUCUUGGUUCAAAGCAGCCUGCCCUCCUUUUUGUUUUGUUUUUAAUGUUUUCUGAUCCUUGAUUUCUUCAAGGAAAGAAUGGAUCUGCCUACCUACCUACCGUGAUCCGGGCACGUUCCUCCUCCUCCUCCUCGCCUUCAGUGCUCUUCUUCCUAACCGUGAGGCUUCCGUGUCUGACACUGUCUGCGCAGUACCCUCGGGGGUGCUAAUUUCCAGGGGUUUACCCUUUGGUUCAGGGGUUACCAUGUUCCCUUAGAAAUGCCAAGAGGCUGUCUGGUCUGGUUAAAUGAGCUUACCACUGCUUUGCCACUUACUUUCUCCAUAAUUCUUACUUACUCUUAAAGCCCAGUGUCCUCACCUACUAUAAAAAGUGAAUGAAACAGUCCUUAACCCCCAGGAUUGUUUUGAGCAGUAAAUGAGUUAAUACACAGGAAAUAGCUCACCAUAAGACUUCAGCAAUUAAUUUCCAGGAAUUUGUAGGUAAAAACUUAAAAAAGCCAGAAUUAACUUCCCUGGUUCUUUUACUAUCUGAUUUGAGUUUGCGAGGGUGUAUUUUGCCCCUCCUGCCGAUCUUAACUCCCUACAUUUUCCCCCUCAACUGACAAUCAGUUAGUUGGUUUGACAUUUGCGCCUGACCCAGAUUGGCACGUAGUGAUCAAAAGCCAUCUCCCCCACCCCCGAACCAAGAUUCAUUUCAUUCUCAGGGAGAGCGACAGUGACACAUAUUCCUGGCCUCUGAGUCUUGUGAGUGAGGGAGCGAGGUCUAGCAGUGAGACUGGGGUGAGGGGAACACAGGUGUCAUGGGCUUCAGAGCCACAGUGCUAAUGAGGUGAGCAGUGGCCAGCUGUGCUGCACACUUGGGAGGCGAAAAUGCAGUCUGGGAGCUUGCACACUUCAGGGUCUUGCUUUCAUCUCCUCUCAAGGGACACAUUUCAACUCCCCUGAUCCCGAGCCGAUCUGAGUGCCCGCAGACUUGUCAUCAGUUUUGUGCCCCCAAUCUCCAAGGAAGCAUGGGAUUUCAAAGGAAAUUGAUAGAUGAGAAUCAUGGGGGUCAUAGAGCUUAGAACACUUGUUUUAUUAGUAAAAUGGUUUGAGCCUUCAAGGUCCAGCUAUGGUUUGCGCUGGUGGAAGAGCAGGAAUGAGGAGCCCUGACAGUACUCUGAAGCCGUAGCUGCCUCUUGAAUCAGGAAGACAUAAAAGUCCAAUGUCAUCUUCAAUUUGCGCGGACUCCCCUUGGAGACGUAGGGCUGGCGAAGUGAAGUAGAACACUUAAAACACCCAGGGAAGUGAUAAAUCACAGGGCAAGACUGCGUAUGCGUGAAAGGCAUCUCCCACAAUUAAAACAAACGGCCAGAGCCUCCCUGGUGACCUCUGGUCAGCCACCUCUGAACAGUUUCUGUUGCUGGUGUGUGGUUCAUGUGUUCAGCCCUUCCGUGACCGCGGUAGCUCAAGCCUAGUGGCUCUGCCUGCUUUGCAGACUGGGCCCUGACCGCUGCAGCAUCCUCCUCCCUGACAUAAGAGGCAGCGCACUGGCUCCCUGGCUCCAGAAUCUUCUAUUGUUGCUGCUGUUGAAGGGCGGCAGAGGCUGGAGCGGGGCAGAAGAAGAAAGGGGGGUGGGCACAGGGUGGAAGCAAGGAUUAGCAAGGCCCAGCAGCAGGCAGGAUAGAAAACACAUGGAAGAGAGGGCAGUGGCGAACUCCUCCCCACUCUGGGGGAAGCCCAGGGAAGGCGCUGGGAAGCUCAGCCUGGUUUCAGGGAAUGUGGUCUCCCUGGAUGCUCCGGGGCUCACCCCCCCAGCAGGGCCACUCCUACCUCAUACACGCACCAACUAGAUGUGCACGGGCCUCUCCAUUGGGGUGGGCUUACUGUUCUCUUGCUUGUUUCAGGUAGCUCUCUAGGUAGAAGGUUCUGUCAACCUCUCUUCCAAAAGACCAUGACCUAGUUCCUCUUUUUGGUUGGGGAGACUUUACCCCGUCAAGCAGUUGCCCUUUGGGAGGCGUUGAGGAGCCUACAAAACCUGCUUUGCCCUCCUAGGAUAUUUUACAACCAUUUGGAAGUGCCUGAGGACAUUAUUGGGCCUUAUUUGAUGCAGUAAAACAUCCCAUUUGGUCCCUCAGCACUGGAGAUGUGUUUCAGUGCAGCUCUCCUCCAGCACCUGAUUUGUUACUGCAACAGUGGGAGGGAAGAGACGGGCUGCAAACUCAUUCUGCGGGCUGGAGGUUCUGUUCUUACGAUCCUUGCCGUGAUUUCCCUUCUGAUAGUGGCGAUUUGAAAACAACACCAGGAUAUCUGCGACUUCUUGCAGAGGUACUUGGCGCUCAGAGUAUGCCUUAGCUGUGAGUUAGCCUCUACCUGCCCAGGGAGGUCAAUCAGGCUGAUUAGUCCAUUUUCCAGACAGAGGAACGGGGUAGCAAAGGGCCCUGCCAGCAUCACACGGGCAGCUCAAGACACAGGCACGCAUCAGUUUCCAGGCAUCUUCCUGCUUUAGGUCCCUAAAGGAUUAGUGUAUGAAAGAGGCCCUCAGGGUUUUCUCUGGCCAAUUUCUCUCCAGAGCAGAUGAAGAAACGAAUAGCAAAUUGAAUGAAUGUGUUAAUUGGGAUGGACUUGGCCUUUCAUCCCACCCCUGCUUAGGGGUAAGUGUGCGCACAGCUCUCUCCCCGUGCACAUCGCCAGAUGGCAUCUGGGUGCAAGCCAUCACUAGCAAGAUGACAGAAAUGCUCAAUCUGGCCACCUUACAGCAACUGUCCCCUUUCCCUGGCCCUGCUCCCUCAGCUCUGAUUUGGAAGGGGGAAUGUUGAUUAUACCCGAAACCAAAGAUUAUGUUGGAAUUUGCCGCUGCUGGAUUUGGCUGUCACCUUUCUGCUCCAGAGUUGGCUCUCUCCUGGAGGAUCCCAGCGCCAGAGAAUCUGCAUGUCCUUUUGAAUCUGUGCCCUCCCCCGCUCCUUCAUUUUCAAUAUGUAGUGGCGGAGAGGAAGUAUAACAUGAUUUUAGGGCUUGCAUUUCAAUUCCACUGCAUUUUUAUGGGACAAGCAGAGUCUCCAAGCCUAGAGUUAUUAGGUUAGUAUCUAAAAUGGGUUCAGCAUUGUGGGUCUUAUUGUUGAAAAUGAAUUAGACGGUCCCCCUCCCACCUUCCUUUCUCCUCCCUGGGGAUGCGUGGAUAGAGGCAAGGCCUCCAGAGACGAGUUGGAUGAAUCCUGGCGCUCUGAUUAGUUUUGUUCUCCCAGCUUAAUUGUAGCACUUCCUUUCUCUCGUCACUGAUAGCCGAAGUGGCUCUGUGUCCUGCCCACCCCCACACCACCCCUUUUUGCUUUAGGAACAAGAUUAUCACAAUGCAGUCUUGUGAAUCAAUUUUCCCUAUGUGCUGAUGAAAGUGUAAUUCAUUCUUAAUCAAGCAGCCUUGCUGCUGCAGGCUCCGUGCCGGAAUACAUUUCGUUACCCUCCCAUCACUUUGGGAAAUGAUUCCCCCAAAAGGACUUUUAGAGGAGAGCUGGAAGGAGAGUUGGCAGAUCGCCUCCUGUUGUGUUUUUCCAGCAGGGGGCACUAUUGGGAAUGAUGCUGGAGGAUCCUUUGUAGCUGGGAGCCUUCCCGGGAGGGGGGGUGGUGAGCCUGGGCUUGUCACAGGUGCCUUCCAGGCUUGGUGUCCCCAGACCCUGGAGCCAUUUCUCAGGAGCGAGCAAGUGCCAGAUCAUUGUAUCCCAAGGGGCUGCCCGAAAUGCUGACCUGAGCAGGAACCGGUUGAGUCUGCAUCUGGCCUGCAUGCGCAGGUUAGGGAGCGCCUGCUGGGCACCCAGUCCUGCCAAGGCUUGAGAGCAGCUAGCCUCCUCUGUCUCUUUAAGGAGGCAUAUAUGUCUGCCGAAUCUGAACUUGGGAGUACCGUGGAUGUGUUCACGUGGUGACACCACACACACCUGUGAUUGCUUGAAGAGGUGUAGCUCUCUGGGUGGCUUCCUCUCCUGCCCUUUCCCAGCCUGGUGGCCACAGACAACUGGCAGUUUGAGGGACGAAUGAGCAGGAGGUGAGGGGGACUCUACCGGGCUCGAAGCUGUUGAUGCUGGGCAGGAAGAAGGGUCCAGGCCCAACAGGUGGAUCAGAGCCCCUGUAAGAUAAAAACCAAGCUGUAUAGAUCUGCGGCAGGGAAAGCAGAGGAAGUUUGUCUCCUCCGAGUGGAAUUGGAUUAGUGACAGACUUGAACAGCCGGUUCGGUCGAGAGAGAACUUAAUUCCUCCUGUAUUAUUCACACGGCUGAUUUUAAUCAGAUGUGAAGAGACAGCUGGAAGAGAGAAGCGGGUCAGCCCAGUGCCUGGUGAGGAAACUUCAUGUUCUCUUAGUCAUCUUCAGGGAACUGGCAAGAGCACUGCGGGCUGGGGGCUUUGCGCAGGGCCUGUGUGGUUUACUGCUUCCCCGAGGCACUGGGCAUGACCUCCAAGAGCCCCGUGGCUGGCCCUUGUCUGGAGUCAGUGUGACUUUUGAAUGGCACGUGGCAGACAUGGUCACUAGUUGUGUUCAGACAGAGCUCUUGCCGCCUGUACUCAGGAAGAAUCUGAAAAGGCGGACCAGAUUCAGCCCACUCCAGAAUGAUGCAGCCAUUGUCUGCGAGGCAUCCUGAGGCUUUUCUGCUUCAACACCUACUGAAGCUCGGAGGAGACCUCUUCCUGGUCAGAUGUGGAGAUAAGCCGUGGUGGUGUGGUCAUAGAGCCCACGCCCCUUGGGGAAUUUGCCUGGCUCCUAGAGGCAGUGCUCCCCCCUCCCGUAGCAGGUCAAGCAGGAGGGUGAGGAGGGGUAGCGCUGGGCCGCUAAAGAGUGCAGGGUGGUGGGGGGGGAGCUGAGAAACUGGCUUCGGUUCUCACAGUGUGACCCAUGGGAGCUGACCCGCAGGAGCGAGGUGAGGGCAUUCGUCAGGCCAGCUCCGUGGUGCUGUGAGGAGAGAGCCGGUCCUGUCACUGAGCGACAAGGCAGACCAAACACUGAUGUGGGCUCAUACACCUUAGGGCAUGAGCGGGUGGCAGGGAAACCAGGACGCUUGUUAGCCAAUUCUCAUGAGCACACAAAGACACAC